GCUGUGACGUCAUUGCGCAGACCCGGAAGUCGUGCAUUCCAGUUUAUGUUUUUUUGGCGGAUGUGUGGCGCUGAUUUUCCUCUCGCUGAUCGGUGAAGCGCACUCGGCUGAAGCGGCGGCGAUGAUUCCGGUGUCCGUGGUGGUGUUGGUGAUGGGAGGAUGGUGCUCGGUUUAUCUUAUGGACACUUUGCUCAGGUCGUCCAGCUCUCUGCGGAUCCGUUACGAGACGUGGCUGUCCUCCAGCGGCGUCUUUCUGUCGCCCUUCCACGUUCGCUGGCACACCAGCAUCUUCAACUCGCUGUUCGCCAGAUGUGCACGUCUCAACCCGCAUUUCCUGUACAUAUGGUUCAGCGCGGGGAUGGUGUUUGGCGUGGUGGCCAUGUUCGGCUCGGUCCUCCUGCUCGGGCGCACUCUGCUACAGACUCUGGCUCACAUGAUGGCCGACACUCCGGACGGUUCCCAUGAGCAGGUUCUACAGGUGGUGGUUCCGGGAGUGAACCUGCCUGUUAGUCAGCUGGCCUACUUCUUUAUUGCUAUUCUGCUCAGUGGAGUUAUACACGAGUUUGGCCACGGGGUGGCAGCACUGAGGGAGCAGGUGAGGCUGAAUGGCUUCGGCAUGUUCCUUUUCGUCAUUUACCCCGGAGCGUUUGUGGACCUCUUCACCACUCAUCUGAACCUCAUCUCGCCUGUCCAGCAGCUGCGAAUAUUCUGUGCAGGUGUGUGGCACAACUUCAUGCUGUGUGUGGCGGCGGUGUGUUUCCUCCUCCUGCUGCCGCUCUUCCUCUUCCCGUUCUACUACACUGGAGCCGGAGCGCUGGUCACUGAGGUCCUGGAGGGUUCUCCAGCGAGCGGCCCUCGCGGCCUGUUUGUUGGAGAUCUGGUGACGCGGCUGGAGGAGUGUGAGGUGAGCGGGGUGGACGACUGGCACGCCUGCAUCCAGCAGCUCUCUCACCGGCCUCAGGGAGGGUACUGCGUCCACCAGCGCACACUGCAGCUCCACCACGCCGCCGGCAGAGAGUUCAAGCGUCUGGACGGAACGAUGGAGUGCUGCAGCAACAACAGCCUGACUGACCUCUGCUUCUCCUACACCACUGAGAGCAGUAACAAACAGUUUGCAUGUCUACCCGUCCGGAGGACGAUCCAGACAGGUCAUACGUGUCACAGUAACUCGGACUGCAGGACGGACGUGUCUCCCAGCGUGUGUGUGAUCCCGUCACUGGAAAACCAGACUCGGCUGAUCCGGGUGCAGCACCCCCCGCAGGCCGACAUGCUGUUUGUGGGCUACAUGUCACACCUGCAGUACUCGGUGAGUCUCACUAACUUUGUUCCUCGACUCGGUUUCCUUCACCUCGACCUACCGGUGAUGCUGGAGACGCUGUGCAAAUACUUGGUCUCGUUAUCCGGCGCUCUGGCCGUGGUGAACGCGGUGCCGUGCUUCGCUCUGGACGGUCAGUGGAUGCUAAACGCUUUCCUGGAGGCCACGCUGAGCUCCUGUCUCCCGGAGAAGAGCAACCGCGAGCUGCUGGGGUUCUUCAUCCUGCUCGGGGGCAGCGCCCUGCUCGCCGCUAACGUCGCUCUCGGAUUGUGGAUGGUCACGGCUCGAUAACGGACAGCUGCCUCCUCCAACCGGUGACCAGGAGGAGGGGCUCCUUUAUUUUUAUUUAUUUAUUUUUUGAAAUCAAAUUCACCGCCGAGCUGCUUUAAGUCUCUGACAUUUCGGAACUGUAAAUAAACGUUUGUUACAGUAUGCUCGUUAAGCCACGCCCGCUUGCUAUGACAUCAGAGUGCACAGUGUUUUAAGAGAAUCCUGCCAAGCCUGAAGAGGAAUGUAAACGUCUCCACAUCUCGCGUCUGCAUCUCAGCCGAAGCGUCUGGCGGUUACUGUAAAGCCUGGUGUAUACGUGCACUCGGGUUUCUAGCGUGACGAGAUUAACCGCAAACCAUCAAACAUCUGGUGUGUUGGGGGAAAAUUAUCAUUAUAGAGAGAUAAACAUUGUUCUGAGAUUUUAUCUAAGGGGGGAAAACGUUCCAUACAAACGAAGAGCAAACCCCGUAGUCUGAUAUUAAAAUGUGUGAGUUCUGCAGGAGGGUGUCGCACACGCCCCAGUGGCUGCUGGUAUAUCGCUUCACACUGAUGGAUAGAAAAAAGCAACACUUGGGCUGCAGUUUUCUGAUCAAUUCUCUUAUAAAUGUAUAUAGAAGAUCAUGUGGGUGGAGCUAAUUUAUGUCUUUUUUUUUUUUUUAAACAAAGCAAACCUGUGCCUGUAAAUAUAUUUGAAAAUAUCAAGACAGUUGUUGAAAUUUUAAUGAAAAGAUAUUUGAUGGACUGCAAACUUAGCUACAUCUUAUCUCCUUAUUAUUGAUAACGAUGAGAAGCUGAGAUGUGUUAAUGUAGCUACAUGUGUGUGCGUGAGCGUUAACGUCUCUAACACGUUCCCACCAGUGAUGGGAGUCGAUUCAAAAGAUUCGACUCUUUUUGGCUGUCAAACGACUCAGAACCUCACAAAACUGCUAGUUAUUGGAGUUCUGGCUCUUUUUUUUUUUUUUUGGUGAAUCAGAUGAUUUGAUUCACAUCCUUAAUGAGUGUCGACUUAUUAUACAGUACUGUGCAAAAGUCUUGCCCCCCCCCCCUCCUACAAAUUUCUUCAAAUUUUGCUUCUGAAGCU